GCUUCCGCUUCCGGGUGGCGCGUCACCGUGGUGCGUUCUGGAAGCUCGGCGGUGUCCAUGGAGUUGUUGGCCGAGUACGUGGGGCAGGAAGGUCAGCGACAGCAGCUGCGGGUGCCCUGUGAGGCGCCGGACGUCGCCGACCCUUUCCAGGGCUUGUUGUCGGGCGUGGCUAAGAUGAGGGAGCUGGUGACCGACCUCCUCGGCUCCCCGGUACAGCGGGAAGCACAGGACCGGGUGGCGGCGGCUCCAGACGAGGCGUUGGACGGUGAUGAUGAAGAUGAUGCAGAAGAUGAAAAUAACGUUGAUAACAGAACUAACUCAGAUGGACCAUCUGCAAAACGGCCAAAAACACCAACUUAACUGUAGCUUUUAUGAAAUUUAAAAGACUGCUACGAUAUCUUAUUUAUCACACACUGACAUUUAAGGAAGACUUGUGCUCUAAUUUGGAAAGCAUUUGUUUUGUUCCCCUGGGACAGUUUUUUCAAAGAAGAAACUUUUCUGCUGUUUCCAUCAAAGAAAGAUAGAAUAAAUGUUUAGAAAGGAAUCUUUUUUCUUGAGUGAGAAGUAAGUUUCAGACCAUGGAGAUAAAAUAGACAUUUAAUAAUGUAUAAAAUCUGCUAUGUUGGCAACUGAAUUCUUUCUUUAUACUUUUUAAAUAGCCUCUGGAUUAAAUUGUGUGAUGUCUACAUCUUUUAGCUUCUGCGUCUGUUAUAAAAAGUACAUGUCAAGGCUCAUGGACAAUUACAUUUCAAGGAACUGACAUGAACAAGUGGUGAAAAUUGGGUAUUAAAUUUAAGAAUGGCAGUUCUGUGCCGCAGACCGGCUGCAGAAAGCUAGAAGUUCCUGGUGGUGAGGGGUAAGGAACUGAAAAGCACCAGUAUGGGGUCAGAAGGGCCAAGACAACUGAUGGUUGCAAGGCAAGUUUAUUCAAAGAGCAUGAAUGUAUAUAUAGGUUUAGUACGGAACGAAUAUUAGACAAUAAAUCAGUAAACCUUGUAUUUCCACAUAAUUCUGUCGCCACUAUCUAUGCGCCACUAUCUCUGCGUCAGCAUGCCUUAUGGGCCAUUCUUCGGAGAUACAGACUUCCCCCUCAGGGCAGCACAUCCUUCUUCUGGGGAACAACCAGGGGCUCUUAGAUCCAGAGCAGACACCUGGAACGAAACUGCCCGCAAGCCAUUUUCCUUUUUUAUGCUCAAUACCGCAGCGUCAGGAGUGCAUAUCAAGAAAGAGACAAGCAGUUCUCCGGAAAGCAGAAAGCUGAAUAAGCUUACAGCUUGGGGGCCACCACAGUUCUGUAUAAGUAGAAGGAAAAUGGGAACGGAGAGAAAUACUGAAGAGAAAGGAGAGCCCUUGAGAGAGACCCAAGGAAACCUUGAAUCCACACUCAAACACAGUACACAGGCUUCUGGAGACAGUACCACUCAAUGGAUGUAUGUUUAACCUGUACCUUAAGAGAGUUAAAUGGGGUGUGUUUUUAUGCUCUGAUUUGCUAUUUAUGUUAACACAAAUAUAAGUCUUUAGGUAAGCAACCUGUGUUGAAUAUAAAAAGAUAUUUCGUGUCAUCCUGUAGUCAAACUUUGAUUUUGCUUAGCAAAGGACUAUCAAAUCCUUUAAAUAUAUAUAUGUAUAUAUUCCUAAAAUUUAUGUGUGUGUGUAUGUAUUCCUUUUCUGCUUGUCGAGGGACUAAGGCAUUUUUCAUUUACUCUGCGUGUUUCCUGAUUCAUUUAGAUAGCUAAACUGCAGAGAAAUCAAGUAGCAUGUACCUACUGAAACACAAAUUGUCAUAGAAUUUUAGAGUUGGAAGUAACCUUACAGAUUAUAUGAUUUAUUUCAGAGGUGAAUCAAAUGUUAGGUAUUUGCCCUGAGUUACAGAGCUUAUUGGCAGAGCUUGGGUUAUACACUUAGCCUUUGAAAGAUUCCCAUAGCACUUUCCCAGUUACACAUUCUGAAACCUAUAGCUUACAAAGUACAUGCUAUUAAGGAAACUGAAUUUACACACCUUUUUAUAUCUUUAAAGUAUUGUUUUACUUGGAACAUCAGCCUUCCACUAAGUACUCUUAUGUAAUUAAAACAAUACCAACUAGAAAAAGUUUUAUAAAUGGUCAGAAAUUACCUUGUUUAGUUUGUGAUAAUGUCUCUAAUAUUGGGACUUUAGCUCAGUUACUGAUUUAUAAUAAUCUUUCAUCUUUAUACAAUCCUUAAAAAAACUUAACCUGUAUAAUUAAAAUAGUUCAUAUUUUUAAAGUAGUAGCUGAACUUUGCUCCUGAACAUUUUGUCUCCUUCUGUGUUUAGUAAGUAUGUUUAUGAAGAAGAAAUGUCAACAUAUUUUUGCUUGUGGUCUAGUGUUUGGAGGUCUGGGUUAUAGGUCUGAUCGAUCUUUUUCUGAUUCUAAUACUGUCUUCCUAAGUGAGCCACAUGCAUGACAAAAAAGAUUUUGAAGGUUUGAGGGACCAGCUUGAAGGACCAGUAGAAAAGAAAUGCCUUGACUGGUUUUCUAAUCUGCUGCCUUCUAAAGGUAAAAACGUUGGCCACAGGCAUACAGGAUACAGUUAUUCUCUGAAACAGCUCCAACUUUACUGUUAUACAAGAAAGUCAACCCCACAAUCCUACCUAAAAAUAAGCUUGAUGCUAGACUUAGAUAAUCUUUUAAAAUAUGAAACAUAUGGAGUUCUAAAUAUGAAAUAUAUGGACAUAUGCAAAUAUGUAUGUAUGUAAGUGCUUUUGUGUCGCAUUAAAUACUUAUUUUAAUAGAGUUCUGUGGCCAAGGACAAGAACUUUUACUCUUUUAUAAUAGGUUGCUGUUGCUUGGCUGUAAUAUUAGUUAGGAAGUUUGAACAUUUAAACAUUUCCUUCAGCAGAACUUUCUCAGCUUCUGAGACAAUGUUAGGUCCCCAUACUAUAUGUUUCUGUGGAAUCUGGCCCCCUGUACUUACCCCCUCAUAAAAUGUACUUUAUUAGAAUUAUUUCUUCAAGCUGCUCAAAUUUUUUUUUUUUAAUAAAUUUAUUUUUUGGCAGCGUUGGGUCUUCGUUGCUGUGCACGGGCUUUCUCUAGUUGUGGUGAGCGGGGGCUACUCUUCGUUGCAGUGCGCGGGCUUCUCAUUGCGGUGGCUUCUCUUUGUUGUGGAACACGGGCUCUAGGCGCGCGGGCUUCAGUAGUUGUGGCUUGCGGGCUCUAGAACGCAGGCUCAGUAGUUGUGGCGCACGGGCUUAGUUGCUCCGCAGCAUGUGGGAUCUUCCCCGACCUGGGCUCAAAUCCGUGUCCCCUGCAUUGGCAGGCGGAUUCUUAACCACUGCGCCACCAGGGAAGUCCCUCAAAAUUUUUUUUAAACUUUUAUUGAGAAGGCUUGUAUUUUUAAGGAAAUAAAGUUUGUUUUCUUCCAAAUGGGAAAAUCAGAGACAUCUGUGGCCCUCAAUUUAUUAUGUAGUACUUUUCCCUAGAUCCUAUUUAGCCUAUUAAAGAUACACCUAUUUCUCAGUAGAACUGUUCAAUCUACAAACAUAGAAUAUCAUUUCUUAUCUAACAUACUGCAGUAAGAUGCAUACAUGAGACAUCUUAAAAACCUAGGCUUUUUAACUCAUGUUGUGGUAAAAUGAUUAACAAGAAAUUCCUGUUUGAACUUACCCUGGUGGGCAGCUGAGCACCCCCGAGUUAAAACUGUAUUAGGGUUAUGUAAUUUUGUAACUGUGAUAGUUCCAAAUAAAAUUAACAUGUUUGGGGAAAUUAAUCAUA